GUCCAGCUGCCAGCGGCUUGCCGACGGGCGAAUUAUCAAAUUGAGGUUAGUUAAAUUACGUGUCGGGGUGAAUAUAAAAUAUUCGAUGAUCUACACGUACGCCUGUUGCUGAUCGCGUCUGCUUCUGGUUCAGAAGUCAGGUUUCAGAGAAACCCGCAAAAAAAUAAAAAAUAAAAUGCUGUCUCAGCUGAAGCAACGCUACGGGGAGCUGAUGAAAGAGAGGAACGUCGUGUCGCGUCUGCUGGGCACGCUGGAGGAAAAAACAGGGGUACAGAAAGAAUAUAUCUCCACAGGUAUCGUGUUCUUCGUCGCUCUUUAUCUUAUCUUCGGACAUGGAGCCUCACUCCUCUGCAACCUCAUUGGCUUCAUCUAUCCAGCCUACUGCUCCAUCAAGGCCAUCGAGAGUGAAAAGAAGGAAGACGACACGCAGUGGCUGACCUACUGGGUGAUCUACGGGCUGUUCAGCAUUGUGGAGGCCUUCACUGACAUCUUGCUUUCUUGGUUCCCCCUCUACUUCUUUGGCAAGUGCUUUUUCUUAGUGUGGUGCAUGGUUCCAGUGGCACUGAAUGGUUCUAACGUUUUGUACAAGAACGUGGUCCGGCCUUUUUUCCUGAAGCACCAGGCUGCCAUGGAUGAGGCCGUCGCUGAUCUCGGUGGCAAGGCCAAGAACAUGGCCGACUCUGUCGCCAGAGAGGCUGCGAAUUAUGGAUUGAAACAUGAGAAGGACCAAUGAUGGGCAGAGGGAGGAAAAGUGUGCGUGUG